UUGUUGUGAUUCGUCCGAAACGAUUGCUGGGUGAAGGAUUCUGUGUUUUUGUCUCUAUCUUUAGGUGUUCUUCCCAAUUAAAUUCGACGGAUUUUAGUAUCAAGAAAUUACCACGGCCUGUUAGGAAUGAAAUUCGGAUUACCCCACUCUGAUUAGUUUAUUUUGAGAUUAAAAGUAAUCCAAGCUUUCCAAGCUUCAGGGCGUAGGUCGGAAAAGGUGUCAUGGCCGAGAAAUUGAAUGGCACCGUAAAGGACGAUGCGAUAGAAAAACCUGACUCGAAAGAGAAGAGUUUGUGUUCAAACGUGAAGGAAAAGAGCGCUAGCUUCAACGAUCGAGGAAUAUGUGUGAGAGCUGAUAAGAUUGAUUUCAAGGAUUGGGAUAGUCAGCUGGACAAGCACUUGAAUAAAGUUCUGUCGAGAGAUGCGACGCGGAAGAAGAAGGAAGACUGGGAAAUUGAUUCCUCCAAAUUGGACAUAAGGCGUGCUAUAGAUCACGGAGCCUAUGGAACAGUCUACCGUGGCGUUUAUGACGGCCUAGACGUUGCUGUGAAGGUAUUUGAUUGGAGGGACACCGACACUGACGCAGCGGCUAUUCGGGCAUCAUUUCAGCAAGAAGUUGCUGCUUGGCAUAAACUUAAUCAUCCAAAUGUUACAAAGUUUGUUGGAGCCUCCAUUGGAAACUCAUAUGUGAAAAUUUCUUCUGAAGAUGUAUCAAGUGAAGUUUAUUCAUUUAUUCCAGCCCAGGCAUGUUGUGUUCUUGAGUUUGUCCCUGGGGGGACGCUAAAGAAGUUUCUGAUGGGGAACAGAAGGAAGAAACUUGAUUUUGACGUUGCCAUUCAACUUGCGUUGGACCUCUCCAGAGGAUUGAGUUAUCUUCAUACUAAAAAGAUUGUGCACCGUGAUGUGAAGACAGAAAAUAUUUUGUUGGAUGCAAAUGGAACCGCAAAAAUUGCUGAUUUUGGUGUUGCUCGAAUUGAGGCUCAGAACCCAUGUGAAAUGACUGGAGGGGUUGGCACCCCUUGGUAUAUGGCGCCAGAGGUGCUUAAUGGUAAGCCUUACAAUAAAAAAUGUGACGUGUAUAGUUUUGGGAUUUGCUUGUGGGAGAUAUAUUGCUGUGACUUGCCUUAUCCUACUCACAAGAUUUCUGAUGUAUUUACGGGGAUUGUCCGACAGAACAUGCGACCAGAAAUCCCAAGAUGUUGCCCAAGUGCACUUGCAAGGAUCAUGCGAAAAUGUUGGGAUGAAGACCCAGAUAAACGCCCUGAGAUGGACGAGGUAGUGAGAAUGUUAGAGGCAAUAGAUACAAGCAAGGGAGGACGCAUGAUUUCAAAAGACCAAUCUAGUUUUUGGUGUUUUUGUCCUGGUGGAGUCCUUUAAUUUUGUCCAACCCUCUCUUCGUCUUAUGCUUUUAAUUUCCUUCUGUUUUGUUUAUGGUAAAAGCUAGAUCUGUAGGUUUUCAUUUUCUUUUAAUUUUUUGGAUGCACUUAUUUGCUAUGUAUUGGAGAUUGAAAUGAGACUAUUAUUAGAGGACAAGACUGGCUCUGGACAUCAGUUUUUUCCCCCUUGGGUGGUGGUCAGAGCUAUAAGAAUAGCUAA